AUGGCAUCUCAUCCUCCUGCUGCGUGCUGCACUAUCGCCAACCUCCAUGAGGGUACUCCCAAAGGAGACGCUGUCAAAGUCGGCAAUGUCACCGGAUAUCUGGCAAAGCCAUCCAAGGAGUCUAAGCAGGCUGUUCUAUACCUACCAGACAUCUUCGGAAUCUGGCAAAACAGCAAACUUAUGGCGGAUGCCUUCGCUGCUGAGGGUUAUACAUGUCUUGUUGUUGAUACCUUCAAUGGUGAUCCAGUGCCAUUAGAGAUGCCCGAGGGUUUCGACAUUAUGAAGUGGUUGGGUCAGGGGUCUGACGGAAACAACCCUCACACGGCGGAAGCUGUGGAUCCCAUUGUCGUGUCUGGCAUUGAGUACCUCAAGGGCAUUGGUAUUACUCAGAUUGCUGCCGUUGGAUAUUGUUUAGGAGCCAAGCAUCUCAUCCGUCACUACAAGGAUGGCAUUAACGUCGGAUUCAUCGCUCAUCCCUCCUUCGUUGAGUCAGAGGAGCUGGCUGCUAUCACUGGUCCCCUCUCUAUCGCCGCCGCAGAGCUUGAUGAUCUUUUCACAGUCGAGAAACGCCAUGAGAGUGAAGGCAUCCUGUCCAAGUCAAAGCAGGACUUCCAGAUCAAUCUGUUCUCUGGAGUUCAUCACGGCUUCGCUGUCAAGGGAGACAUGAAGGACAAGAGGCAAUUGUUUGCCAAAGAGCAAGCGUUCAACCAGGCAGUGUCUUGGUUCAAGAGACAUCUUGAGUAG